GAGCUUCGGGCUCAAGGCGGCGGAUGCAGCAGCAACAGCAGCAACAGCAGCCCGGCUCCGCCUCCGGAGAGGCUCCCGCAGCCCCUCCUGCUCUGUCCGGGCGCCGCUUCCGUCCGGCGGCCUCUGCAAUAGCAAGCCAUGAAGGAGGAGGAAGAGGAGGAGGAAGGCGGCCGCGGCGCCAAGGAAAGGCAGCCCUUGCUCCCGCCGAAGCCGCCGGCCCCCUUCUCUCGCCCCGCCGGGAACGUUAAAGAUGACCAUGAGCUCUACUUCAACCAAGCUGUAGUAUUCAUUGAAGAUGCCAUUCAGUAUCGUUCCAUAAAUCAUCGUGUGGACUCGAACUCUUUGUGGCUUUAUCGAUGGUAUUAUUCAGAAGUCUGCCAAAGGAUCUUGAUUGUUACCAUUACCCUAAUCUUGAUCCUUGCUUUCAUCGAAAAGCCUUCUUCACUAACUGUCACAUCAGAUGUACGAUAUCGCUCGGAAGCCUGGGAGCCUCCUUGUGGCCUCACAGAGAGCAUUGAACUGCUUUGCUUCGUUGUCUUUAUAGUGGAUGUUUCCGUGAAGAGUUACCUCAUAGGAUGGGAAGGAUUUCGGAAAACCAAGUGGCUGAUGGCAUAUAUCCUGGUAUUAGUGGUCUCCCUUGCAGACUGGACAGUCUCCCUGAGCUCUUCCUGUGAUGAGGCCAUGCUGAAGUCCUUCCGUUUACAAGAAAACUUUAUCAUGGGAGAAUGGCAGAAACUUAGAAUAAGACGAAUCCUCCGACCCUUCUUCCUCCUUCAGAAUUCUUCAAUGAUGAAAAAGACCCUGAAAAGCAUUAAGAGGACAUUGCCUGAAAUUGCAAGUGUUAUGCUGCUAUUAGCGCUUCACCUGUUUCUGUUUACCAUGUUUGGCAUGCUGCUAUUUGCUCGAACAAAGGAUGCACAACAGGACAAAGAGUGGCAAGGCUAUUUUCAUAGCUUGCCAGAUUCAUUGACUUCCUUGCUUGUACUGCUAACAACUGCAAAUAAUCCAGAUGUGAUGAUUCCUGCCUAUUCAAAAAAUAGAGCAUAUUCUAUUUUCUUUAUAUUCUUCACAGUAAUAGGAAACUUAUUUCUGAUGAACUUGCUUACAGCAAUAAUAUACAACCAGUUUCGUGGAUACCUUCUGAAAUCAGUUCAAUCCUCACUUUUCCGGAGGCGAUUAGGAAUCCGGGCUGCAUUUGAAGUUCUCUGCUCUCUGAAAGAGACACCAAUGAAUAAAAAUAUCUUUCGUGUCCAAUCUGAGGACAUGAUUCAAGUACUCCAGAAAGUAAAAAUGGAUUCGUACUGUAAGGAAGCCAUCAUUGUGAAGCUGGAGUCAUAUCCUCCAGAAGGACUGUCAGCUGCUCAGUUCCAGACACUUUUUGAUGAACUUGAUACCCACAAAGUUAAAGAGCGCCCUGCCAUGCCAGAUUAUCAGUCUCCUUUUCUACAGAAGAUUCAGCUUAUCUUUGGCCAUCACUACUUUGGAUAUUUAGGCAAUGCUAUAGCUUUAGCAAAUGUUUUCUCUGUAUGUGUAAUCAUGGUAAUAGAUUCAGAUAAGCCUCCUACUGAGCGGGAUGACUUCUUUUUAGGGGUUAUAAACUGUGUCUUCAUUUUCUACUACCUCUUGGAAAUGUCGCUGAAAAUAAUAGCGUUGGGAUUGAGAAGAUAUUUGUCAUAUCCAAGCAACAUCUUUGAUGGUCUCCUCACUAGUGUUCUGAUGGUUUUGGAGGUGUCAACAUUUGCUGUGUAUGGAUUUCCUCAUCCAGGCUGGCGUCCUGAAAUGUUGGGCUUGCUGUCUCUGUGGGACAUGGUCCGUCUAGCAAACAUGCUGAUUGUGUUCAGAUUUUUGCGUAUCAUUCCCAACAUAAAGUUCAUGUCUUUAGUUGCCAGCACACUGCUGGAUUUGGUGAAAAAUAUAAGAAGUUUUGCAGGGAUCUUAGUGGUGGCUUUUUAUACAUUUGCAAUAAUUGGCAUGGAGCUGUUUGGGGGUACCAUUGUUCCCAUGGGGAACAUCAGUGGGGCCAACAUAACAACUGGGAACGCAACCUUACAGUGUGGCACAUAUGAACAACUGGAGUACUGGCCAAACAACUUUGAUGAUUUUGCUGCAGCACUGGUGACUCUAUGGGACGUGAUGGUCGUCAACAACUGGCAGGUUUUCUUGGAGGCAUAUUCCAGAUAUUCUUCUCCAUGGUCAAAGUUAUACUUCGUCACCUGGUGGUUGUUUUCCUCUGUCAUUUGGGUUAAUCUGUUCAUUGCCUUACUUCUGGAGAAUUUUAUUCAUAAAUGGGACCGUCGCUGUCAUCGCCCAUCUCUGUCCGACAUUGAAUACCAGAUGACAAUGGAACUCAUGUUCAGGGAUGUUUUGGAAGAACCUACAGAGGAAGAACUGAUUGCGGAACUUCACCAGCAUCCACAUAUGCAUCUGUGCAGAUGAUAUAUGGAUGGAAACAGAUCCAUCCUAAUUUUUCCUACUAGCAGGGUUGUCAGGAUUUUUAGCUGAAAGCAAAAUACUGAAAGUCUUUCAUUUUACUUUUGAAUGUUACUAUAAUAGAAAGGCCUCCAAAAAUUGCCACCGGUUAACUGGAUGGGCAUUUUUGACAGGACUGGAGGCUGAUUUUUAGUUCUGAAAAGGCACGAUAUUGGAGUUUAAAUAGCAAUUUUGAAGGUGAAAAUUACUUUCAGUGUUGGUGGAAGGGCAAUUGGGACGGUUUGGAGGAGGUUUUUUUUUUUUAAAGUGAAAUUUUUAAGUGAAGCUGCUAGAUAUGGCAUGGCAUAUUAGCCCUUUUUUGCCAGUAUGUUUUUCAAAAUGGCAGCUGAAGGAACCUCAAGUGGGAUCCAAAAUAAGCCCAGAUCCAUCAAAUCUGCCUGAGGGCCACAUGGCAUCUGUGGUCUAGAUUUUGCCCACCUGAUUCAAAACAUUUUAAAUUGACCAAUUUGACUUUAUUUUAAGAUGACUUUUAUGGAACUCUGGAAUAAUUGCUAAUAAAAUCUGUCAGGUAAUGUGGCAGAUAAGCUAAACAUUUUUUUUUAAAAAAAGCAAGGGACCCAUUUCAGUGAUGUUGCACUUUACAAUGGAAAGAAGUAGAUUUUUAACCACUGUACUGGAUUGCUGCUAGCGUUAAAAACAAAAAGUCCUCCAAUAGGAGAACCUUUCAUUCCAGUAUUUGCAUGGUGCCAGGGACAGUGCCUUAAUAUUAAGAAAACGUUUUAUAAGUGCUUGAUUUUUUUAAGCUGUGGUAAGAAAUCUCAUGCUGAAAUUCAUGAUGUGGAUAAAAGACCAAGUUGCAUUAUGUCAGAAUGAAGAAGAAUGCAAUGCACAUACUAAGAUUGGUCAGAGUAAUCUUGCAACUAAGUAGUGCUUGUGCAUGGCACUAAAUCAUAAGGUUGGAGGGGGGGGGGGAUUUAGCUGCAGGUCACAGUACCAUAAAGUGAACCAUUCAAACAGUACUAUCCAAAAGGAUGCAGAUGUCUGUCUGUGACCCACUGGCUGCCAGUCUAUAGCAAGGCUCCAAAAAGGAAGCAAAUAUGUCACAAAUAUCUGCUAUAUUGGAUAGCUUGGGAAACAAUGCAUUAAAACAGACAAAUAUCACUUAGAUUGCUGUUGCAGAGCCAUAAUUUGCACUAUGACUGUGGUAGGGGAAAAUAUAACAUUCUCCUGUUUCUGUAUUGUAGGCUGCUGAGAACUUACUUUAGAGUAAAAAGGGAGAGAAAGUUGUUGCCUACAGUUUUGAAGUAACAAGUAGUUUUGGACUGUGAGUGCAACUACUCUAAGGUCAGUUGCUUAAAGAUUUCUUCCCACCUGCACAUCUUUCUUUCACAUAUUUCAGACAUGGACAACUUGUAGUCCUUCAGCUAUUUCCAGACUGCAGAUCUCAGCAGCCCUUGCCAGUAAUGAACAAUUGCGAAGGGUUGCAGUCCGACAGCAUGGAAAAGCCUGCAAUUAACCACCCCAAAUAAAAACAAAUAUUGCAGAGUCUCUACCCUUGUCUUAUGGAAAUGACUAGCUUCAUGUAUUGUGCUUCUUACUUUGAUUUUGUUUUGGUAUUGGCAUUUGUGUAUCUCAACAGUUUGGGGGGUAGAUGUAUAUACACAUACUAUUGUUGGCUUGGGUGCCAUGCAGACAAAUUUAAAAUAUAUAUUCAGAGAACAUCUGCACUACAUUUCUGAUUCUAUGGGGAAGUCUUUCUAUCUUGCAGUAAGGUGGAGACCACACCUUCCCGCAUCGGUUGCACCACAUUGUUCAUAAUGUGAAACAGAGCAAUUUGAUACCACCAUAACUGUCACAGUUCCAGUCUAUUCAAUCCUGAAAUGCUAGUUUCAUUAUUCAGAAUUCUCUGAAAGAGAGCUUUAGUGCCUCCCCAAACUUCAAGUCCUAGAGUUCAGUAGGAUGCAGCUAUGGCUCUUAAAAUGGAACCAAAGUGUUAACAUUAUGUAGUGUGGAAGGGCCCUGAAUUUGGGUUGGCUCUACUGUAUUUUCAGUAUGGCAUAUGGCAUUCCUGCAAAAAGUAGUUUUUAUUUUGAAUUUCUACUUCCAGAAUCCCCCAUGCUGUGGAUACAGCUUAGGGAUUCUGGGAGUUGUAGUCCAAAAAGUAACUUUUCCAAGAUAUGGCAAAUAAUUUUGAGAGUUGGAAUUUCAGUCUUUUUCUUUAGGCACUCCUAUGCGUAGCCUUGAUCUAAAAUGGAAGUAGUUGAUAUAACUUUUAGGGUUAGGAACAAGAAAUCCCUGAGAGGUGCCCUUGGUCAACAAUCUAGAAGCGGAAAAGAUAUGGAGAAAAUGAAUACAGAUACAACAGAUUGUAUUGGCAUGUCCAGAGAUCUUGGAUAAGUUACUGGUUGGGGUACAACUCCCAAGAUCCACUAGCUAGCAUUGGGAUUGGUAAGGCCCUGCCCUCUCCUUUAAAUUGUCUACCAGACUCUGUGUACCAGGAGAACAGAGAUACACAAUUUGUCAAAAGAAAUCACACACAGUUUUCCAUAUCUAUAGCCAUUUCAUCUGUAAUCUGCAUUUUCAUUGACACCUGCACGGGAACUCACAUUAUCUCAUGUUUGUAGGGAUAUCUACGUGCAGCUCAUGUUAAGUUCAGUUACUUUGCAGAAUCUUUCCUCACGUGUACUGCAUCAAACUCAAGUAACAGUCUGCAUUUUUAAUGCUCACCCUUGGUUACUUAGUGUAAAAAGCUAGCACAUCCUGGAGACCUAAACAUAUAAGCAAUAAGGACAGUGACAUCGUUCAGGUUAGUAAUUAUAUUCAAGCCUUCUCUUGGCAUGCUGGUUUUAUUUGCCUGGUUCUACCAUUUAUAAUUAUAGUAAGCAAAAUGGGUAUAAUAAACACAUAGUAAUGUUGCCACUAUUUUUUAUAAUGUGCCUUCAUCAAAUUAAUAAAAAAUGGUCUACAUUUUUCUUAUCUUAAUUUCAAUGUGUUUGCCAUUUGAUUUAAAAAUAUAAGUUGUGAACCUGAUCCUUUACUUGAAUUUUUCACCACCUUUAAGUGAAAUUUGCAUUUUUCUUAUAUUUAUAAUACCAAUUGAGUUCUAAAUGUCUUUCUUUUAUGUGAAUUCAUACUUGUUUCAAUGUUACUGUUUGCCUUGUACAAUGUGCACAAUUUACCAAUGCAAUAUACAUCCCAUUUCCUUAUUGCUGUUUUAAUAGAGAAACCACUAAAAAGUAUAUAUUUUAUAGCUUUUUACUGCAUUUGUUCCAUAAAAGUAUGUUAUCAGUACAAGUCAUUUGUACUUGUUAAAACAGUAAAAUAUUUUUGAAAACAA